ACUUGUUGCAGACAUGUCAGUGACGGAGAUAUGACUUGUUGCUGGUCUUUAAGGUCUUCCACGCGUUGCCUUCUGAGGACGCUGAAGAUCUGACAAGGAGGAACUUCAUUUUUGGACUGUCGGACUUCUUUCUUCUCCCCUUCCAUCUUCCGCAUCUCCUUCGAUAUCACCGCUGUGACUCACUGUCGCCCCCUUGGAGGAACGAGCAGGGACAUUGUGCGCGCCAAGCAGAGAGUGAGGAAGAGGAGGAUGACGAGCGGCGCGCGCCACACCUUCAGCUCGUGCGGAGACCACCAUCAGAACUGCACGCAGCCCCACGCGUGGACCUCCACCCGUUCGGCACCGGACGUGUACCGUCCCGAGGAGCUACACGCUCCCGCCUCGGCGACCCCGACGGCGGUGAUGGCGCCUGUAGCCCACCACCCAUUCCCCACGGUGGACGUCCCUGACCACGCCCACUACACCAUCGGCUCGGUCAUCCUCGCCAUCGGUGUCACAGGAACGGUGGGCAACUUCCUGGUCAUCUACGCCUUCAGCAGGAGCCGCAGCCUGCGAACGCCAGCUAACAUGUUUAUCAUCAACUUGGCCAUCACGGACCUGCUCAUGUGUGUCACACAGUCGCCCAUCUUCUUCACCAGCAGCAUGCACAAGAGGUGGAUCUUUGGGGAGAAAGCGUGCGAGCUGUACGCCUUCUGCGGCGCUCUAUUUGGGAUCUGCUCCAUGAUCACGCUCACCGUGAUCGCCAUCGAUCGCUAUUUCGUCAUCACGCGCCCUCUCUCCUCCAUCGGGGUGUUGUCACGGAAGCGGGCGUUGGUCAUCCUGGCGGCGGCGUGGAUGUACUCGCUGGGGUGGAGCCUGCCGCCGUUCUUCGGCUGGAGCGCAUACGUUCCAGAGGGUUUGCUGACUUCCUGUACGUGGGACUACAUGACCUUCACGCCGUCAGUGCGAGCCUACACCAUGCUGCUCUUCAUCUUUGUCUUCUUCCUGCCGCUCCUCAUCAUCAUCUGCUGCUACAUCUUCAUCUUCCGCGCCAUCCGCACCACCAACAAGGCUGUGGGAAAAGUGAACGGCAGCGUGCACUCUCACACGGCCACGCGAGACUCUGCAAAGACUUUCCACCGCCUGCAGAACGAGUGGAAGAUGGCGAAAAUCGCACUGAUUGUCAUUCUGCUCUACGUGGUCUCGUGGUCACCGUACUCGACCGUCGCACUUACUGCCUUCGCCGGGUACGCUGAUAUGUUGACACCCUACAUGAACUCUGUGCCCGCCGUCAUCGCCAAGGCCUCCGCCAUCCACAACCCCAUCAUCUACGCCAUCACGCAUCCCAAGUACAGGGUGGCGUUGGCUAAGUACAUCCCGUGUCUCGGCGUCCUGCUGUGUGUGCGUCCUCGCGACUUGCGCUCGGCCAGCAGCAGCUUCAUGUCCACGCGGCGCUCCACCGUCACCAGCCAGACGUCCGACAUCAGUGCGCAGUUCCGCCGUCACAGCAAAGGUCGCCUCUCGUCCGCCUCUGACAGUGAAUCGGGGCUGACGGACACCGAGGCUGACCUGUCCAGUUUGGGCUCCCGGCCCGCCAGCCGCCAAGUGUCCUGUGAGAUCAGCAGAGACACGGCGGACUUCCCCGAAUUCAAACCUUCCUCCAGCUUCAAGAGCAAGAUGAAGAGUCACGACUCGGGAAUCUUUGAGAAGACGUCCUUUGACACGGACAUCUCCACCAUCGGAGUCAGCGAACGCGGCAUCGUUCCCAAUGUGAGUACCGAGAUUCAGAUGGACGUGGUUUAUCUUCUAAACCUUCAAACAUCUCCUCUCUUGCAGAACACUGACUCGGCAGAAGGUCACGCCGCCAGAAGCGCGCUCGCUCGCAUCCCGAGCAUCGUCAUCACCUCCGAAUCUAGCCCCUUCCUUCCUGUUGGCCGAAGCGGUUCGCGGUCCAUCCGUGCCAAGGCCACCUACAGCAGCACGGGGGCGGGGUCUGGUUAGAGUCCCACCCCCUUUCCUUAUUAGCAUGUGACCUAAUCAUGUCCACUCAGAAUGUAUAGACUUUGCAGCUUGACGCUUGAAACAUAAAGGCCGGUGUCUCAAAUGGAAUACUUGUGUCAGUACACUUCAAUAAGUGCACUGUGUACACUUAGUUCCUGAGUGUGCGAAUUUUGACAGUGUUUUUCUUCGAUUCGAGACAUGAUGUCGUGACUUGAUUGUAAUGAAGUGUGUUUGGUGUUAAAUGUAACACACUGUAGCCACUUAUUAGUUAAUUAUGUGACAUAACGUAUAUAAAUAUCCAUCAUCACGGUCCUGAGAGGACGUCCAUUCACUACUUAAUUACCUUUGGAGGUAAUGACUAGCUCACGCUCACAAGUCUUUCUCUACCAAAAAAAGAAAAUGCUAUAUGAUGAAUAUACACACAAAUGAACCCAAACAUGUCCUACUUCCUGUCUUUGUGCUCAGAUAAUCAUUUCCACUUUUUUUCUCAUGUCCCAAAGCCUGCAAAUGCACUUUGUUCAGUGUCCUCCCUGCGUCACGGUAUUACAUUUUAUUUUUUUUUUCCUGUAGAUGUUUUCUUUUGCGUGCUCAUUGUGUUGUUUCUUAACUUUCACAACCUUAUACAUUGUGACACAUUAUGGACGGUAUAUUCAUUAUCCUAAAUAUUUCUAUGUUGUGUCUUUGUUGUUGCUUUUAUUUAUUAUUUUUUUUAUAAAUAAAUCUGUGCUAUU